ACACAUUCUUCCCGUGAUGCCUUGCGGGAACAAAUUGAAUGCUUGGUAUUGCAGUACAUUUGUAUUUUGCAAUUUUGGUCUUCAGCCAUAAAAACCAUACGCUAAGAAAUUUCAGUUGGGUGUAACACAACUGAAUAAAAAAGCAUAACAACGCGUAAAGGGGAAAUUGCUAUUGGGAAAAGGCAUUAUGGAUCAGGACUAUGAGUGCAGGCUACUCAGACAAAUUAAUAUUCAAAAUGAGAAUGCAAGCCCAAUUAAAGCUGUUGGUGCAGUGCGAUCUCUGACACCCACCAGCUCCCCUCUGUCCUCCCCUAGCAAGCAUGGUGAUCGCUUCAUUCCCUCCCGAGCUGGAGCCAACUGGAGUGUCAACUUCCACCGCAUUAAUAUUUGGGUCAUUCACUGCUUUGAUUUAUUGACACAGGAAAUUGAAAAGUCUCACAAUCAGAACAGGAAAACCAAAGACGGCACCACUGACAACAACAAAGCGGACGGUCUGGCUUACUCGGCUCUUCUGAAGAACGAGCUGCUGGGAGCAGGGAUCGAGAAAGUCCAGGACCCCCAGUCAGAAGAUCGCCGUUUGCUGCCUUCUACUCCUACAAAGAGGAGCCUUUUUAGUUAUUCUGUAAGUCCUAAAAGGGCUCUUCCAGAGGAGGAUGGAAACACAGUCUCGCCAUAUUCUUUAUCACCUGUCAGCAGCAACAGCCAGAAACUGCUCCGGUCACCAAGAAAACCCACCCGCAAAAUAUCCAAAAUUCCCUUCAAAGUUCUGGAUGCUCCAGAGCUUCAAGAUGACUUCUACCUCAACCUGGUGGACUGGUCCUCUCUGAAUGUGCUCAGCGUUGGACUGGGUACCUGUGUAUACCUGUGGAGCGCCUGUACCAGCCAGGUGACACGUCUUUGUGAUCUUUCUGUGGAGGGAGACUCUGUGACAUCGGUGGGCUGGUCAGAGAGGGGCAACCUGGUAGCGGUGGGUACACACAAAGGCUACGUUCAGAUCUGGGAUGCAGCAGCAGGGAAGAAGCUCUCUGUCCUAGAAGGACACACUGCCAGAGUGGGUGCCUUGGCGUGGAAUGCAGACCAGUUGUCGUCCGGGAGCCGCGACCGCGUGAUCCUACAGCGGGACAUCAGAGCCCCGCCACUUCAGUCCGAGCGCCGUCUCCAAGGCCACAGGCAGGAAGUCUGCGGGCUCAAGUGGAGCACGGACCACCAGCUGCUGGCCUCAGGUGGAAACGAUAACAAGCUGCUCGUGUGGAACCACUCCAGCGUCCUGCCCGUGCAGCAGUACACGGAGCACCUGGCGGCGGUGAAGGCCAUCGCGUGGUCACCUCACCAGCACGGCCUUCUGGCCUCCGGGGGCGGCACGGCCGACCGCUGCAUCCGAUUCUGGAACACUCUGACGGGCCAGCCCCUGCAGUGCACGGACACGGGCUCUCAGGUCUGCAACCUGGCCUGGUCCAAGCACACAAAUGAGCUGGUCAGCACACAUGGUUAUUCCCAGAACCAGAUCCUGGUGUGGAAGUAUCCAUCUUUAACUCAAGUGGCCAAACUCACCGGACAUUCCUACAGAGUACUCUACCUGGCCAUGUCGCCCGAUGGAGAGGCCAUAGUGACAGGAGCUGGAGAUGAAACGCUUCGGUUCUGGAACGUCUUCAGUAAAAUGAGAUCUACUAAGGAGUCGGUCUCGGUGUUGAACCUGUUCACCAGGAUCCGGUAGCCAUAUUUUGAGGGAACGAAGAAGGGAACGGAAUUCGUCUCUGCUGGUAUCUCUGGGCCUCUUUGGAAAUUCACCGGUGACCGUAUUAAAAGAGCCCUCUGGACUGCUGUUAGUUUAUUUAGCCAAGUUGUAGCCGAGUGUGGGAGGGGAAGCAGAGACGUGCACGGCUUGACCGGCGGGCCCAGGAGAUUCAGCUCACAGCGGAAUCCUUUUCCUUCUGACCGACGGAGACACUGCCUCCUCCAACAGACCUGCCAUCAGUGUUUGGGAGAGUUUCAGGACUGUUUGUUUGAUUGUUUCGUUUACAAUUUGACAUUGUGUAUACUUGCCAAAUAUUAAGUUUAUCAUUAUGAGUGUCUAUUUAUUUUUUAAAUGUUUUUUUUUUCUUUUUUACAUUAAUCUUCUGUGUGUUUGUUUAAAAGCUGAUUGAUGUUUGUUUUUUCGUCCAUGACUGCAAAUGCCAGACGUAUCACUGGACUAAAAAUGAGACUUUUUUCAGUUUUUAUAAAGGAAAAAUAAUGUUUCAAGGGCAGAGAGAACAGAUGACACAAACCUGUUGUACGUUAUAGACUGACAAUGAUCAACAAAGAUUCCAUGAAAAAGACCUGAUCUCCUUAUUUAAAUCUCACAUUGAAUUCUUUUUGGUUUCAUGAAAGCUCUUUUAUCGUUUCAUCAUCUCUCAAGGAAAAUGGGAACAGCACACCUGAAUGAUAAAUUGCCAAACUAAUUCAUGUGAGGGUUUGUCAUUUAAAUGGGAUUUAAGAAGUUGACCAUUUGUCUUUUUCAUUUAUUCUUAAUUGGAAAAUUAGGGAUGAAAAAAUAAACCAGUCAUGCUGCCUCUGUUCUGUAUUUGUCAAUUACAAAAGAAUAUUUUUCAGACCAUCUUCUGAAAUUUUCCCCCUUUUAAUUUUAGUUUGGAUGCCUCACUUAAUUUUGUUAUCUCUAAAGAAAUGCUAUUUAUUUUUUGGUGUAAAAGUUUCCCAUGUAAAAUACAUCUUGUUUGUUAAUUGAAUGAGAGGCAGAGGGUUAGUCUUGACGUUUCUUUAAUGCCACUAUAGAAACAAUGCUGCCAACUUUUGUUUGGGUCUUUUCAAAGGAAACUAUGUACUGAGACAGCAUCCAAAAUUAAAUGACCAUAU